UCCUUAUUAAGCCAUGCGAGGACAUAAAUUCAGUCAGUUAUUUUCCAAACGUGCCGGUGUGAAGAAUAGAAAAUUCCGAGAAAAAAAAGGGAAAUAAGCGCUCCUCGGACGGUGAAAUAACAGUUUGUGCUAAAGCAUCAAAACGCGCCAAUAUAUUUAGAGUUGGCAAAGAAGCAUUUCACUUGUAGGCAAAUGUGGAUAAAAAAUUACGUGAAAAGUGCAUAGUGACAAGUGAGAGGCGUUGUAGUGUUACUUGUGUUCACAUUUGCGCAUAUACAUACACACAAAGAGACAAAUGCAUAUACAAGUAGUAUAUGCCGGCAAAGAGAUGCGCGACAGCACGGCGCUGAGCAAUCAACGAAAACAUGUAGAAAUUCUCCAGAGCGCCAUAUCCUAUUAAACUUUGUUUUUCAUUGCAGUAUUUUUUGCAAUAAACUGAACAUCCGAUAAGCUGGUGAAAAGCAACGCGUUUGACAAAAAAAAGGCUAAAAACAACAAUAAAAAACUUGUAUAGCCACAACUAGGCAUAUAUCACAUAUCCGCGCUGCGCUGUUUAAGUACAAGCGGCAAGUUUUUUGUUUCCCUUCAGCUUUUCGCUGCUAGGAAUUUUUCGUUAUUGCUUUUGCAUUGUUUUUGUUUUUGUUUUUUUUUUUUGAAAAUUUCUCACUUAUUCGUUUUCAACGCACCCCGCUAUUUAAUAUUGAGAUGGACAAUGUGCAACAAAUACAACAAACACAACGCCAGUCGGUGCUGCAACAACAGCGGAAACAGUAGUAGCAGCAGCAGCAGCAACACCACCACCACCACCACCCCCAUCAGCAGCUGCAUAUGGGUGUUUAAUCUCUUGGCGGUGGCCUUAUUAAUCCAACAUGUCGCCUGUGUCGCACAAGCCAGCGAGCAUGUUUCCGUUGUGGCAACAGCAACAACAAAGCCGACCACCAACACCGUCAUUCCAUUCUCGCUCACACCACCCACAGUGUUGCUAGUGAAGCGUCAUGUUGACGUUCGGGGCGGCAACAACAAAAAGGUUCAGGCGGCACAUGCAGAUGGUGGGCUCGCGAGUCGCGCUACGAGUCGCCACCUUAGCACAAUUGACGACGUCGGCAGCGAAAGCAGCAAAACAGCUGGCGAUGGACUGAAUUUCGCCGCCUAUGUAAACGAUUUCAAUAUGCAAGCAGAGGCUGCUAUACCCGAGGAUAUUUUGGACCAACAACACAUAGACGAUGCCGAUGCCAUUGAUGCGGCGGACAGUAUGCAAUAUGUUGGUGAAGGCGAUAUGGAUAGUUAUUCGGCAGUUGAACCAGAAGCAGAUAUUAUCCUUGCAGCGCAAAAGUUCAGCACUUCAGAAAGUAGUCGAGAAGAAGAAGAAGAAGAAUAUCUCGGCCAAAAUAACGGUGAUGGCGACAACAAAGGCAAAAUCAAUAAAAACAAAAACGAACAUUUAAGAAAAACUGUAAGAAAGCGAAAUAACAAAUUGAAAAGCGAUGCAAACAAUGGGGACAGCAACAAAAACAACAGAAAAUAUGAUGACAACAGUGACAACACAGCUUUAAACAUGGAUCAAAUGGAUGAAGCCGAUGGAUCGGACCUUACAGAUGAGGAGCCAUUCGCGUUGCCCAGUACGCGUGCGGAGAAAAGUUUGAAUUUGACGAGAAAUCCAAAAGCACAAAAAAAUCCCAAAUUAAUAGCAGCAGACGAAGGAAGUGAGGAAGAGACGACCCGGGACGUGACUGGUCAGCAUCUGCAAUUUAUUGAAAAUUUAGUUGCAGAAAAAUUUAAUAAAGCGUCUGGGCAAACAACACCCACCACCAAUGACAAAGCGAAAGAAAACAAAUACACUUACAGUAACAACAACAUAAAAUAUGACGGUGAUGACGACGACAAUGGCAAUGAUGAUAAUAAUGAUGGUGAUGAUGCUGACAAGCAGCGCGAAAGCGACAAAAGCCACGCUAAAUAUAAAGGCAACAUUAUGAGCGAACAAGUAAACAAUAAAUCACAAAUGGAGUACAGCGACGGUAAUCAACCGGCGGAAACAGCGAUCGGUGAUAUAGAGGACAAAUUUCGUAAUGAAGAUGAAGAUGCAUUGCAGGCAGGACAACAGCCGCAACGACAGCAGCGGUGGCAACAGCAGCAACAUAAAAAUGUGGUAGCGCACGGAGAAAGCCGAGACGAAAGUGAAAAGUUGCCACUCUCAUUGAUGGCUGAAAAUGAUGGCGAAGAUGCGCAGCAAAAGGGUAAAUUCGUUGGAAGGAAAUGGAAGCGGCAUGAACGAGCGCAAAGUGCCAGCCAAAGCAAUGUUUAUGAUAACACCGACGACGAGGACGACGACGAUGACGACGACGACGAUGGCAACAGGAAUAGCAAAAAUCAACAUAGUGAUAACAACAUCAACAACAACAACAGGCACCCACAUAAGCGCCAUCCGCAAAAGGAAAGUGAAGUUGUUGCAAACACGUACGCACAAAUGGCAGCAAUUGCAAAGAAUGUUGCAAAGCCAAAAAAUCAACAACAACAGCUACAACAAAAAUAUCAACAAGAAAAUCUUUCUCAGCACAUUGAUGAAGUUGCUGACAGCAAUGGCAGUAGCGGCAACAGCAACAGCAACAGCAACAACAGUGGUGAAAAGGGUUCACAAGCCGAUUACUCAAUAACCUAUUUUGGCAUCUUGGCAAACAGCUCGAAGAAGGAGCAGCGCGAAAAGGCGUUAGUAGUACAAGAACAAGAGGAAGAGCAAGCCGAAAUGAAGGAGCUGCUGCCACUGAACACCUCUGAAAAUUCGGCCAAAACAACAGACAGUUUUUCCAAAAUUGCUGACAGCGAUGAUGCGGCUAGAAGCCGUGAACCAGUGCAUGCAACAAGAAAUCAACAGCAACAAAAACAACAGCAGCUGCAACAAAAGCUAGCGGACGAGCCAUCGGAUGAGGCUGGUGAAUCCUAUGGCACACAUUUCUCAGCUUUUGAACGCUACAAAGCGCAACGGCGCAACAGUCGGCGCUACGGGCAUAAAAUGUACAAGAAAAAAUACAAGGAUUACCUGAAUUACGCAACAAUAUCCUCGCUGACAGCCAGAGAGAUGGGGGCGGCAAUGGAGACAACAACAACAAAAGCGCCUGAAAUAUCAACAGCAUUGUCGGUUGUGUCAAAUGCAACUGCAACGAGUGCUAGGCACACAAACAACGCGAUACAAGCAAAAUUGGCAAAUAGCAGCUACAACGAUUACUAUCGCAAACACGAGUCAGAGCAAGAGCAGCAAGGGGAGUCGGUUACCUAUGCAACAGCACAAAAGCACGCUGAGAAGUUGAGAAAGUAUGCGAGGAAAAUUGAAGCGGAAAAAUCACGUGGAUUACCAGCAUCGCCAAUAUUUGUUGUCGGCAAUCGAAGUGGUGGUGCUAGUGGCGGUGCCAGCAGCAGCGGCGGAGUUGGUGCAAAUCCUUUCUACGAAGGGCAAAUAAACUACUACCUACAGACAAGAGAUGAUGACGAGGACACGGAGGAUACAAGAGCGGGUGGAGAAGGCGACAAGUUGGCAGUCGGUGGUGGUGAUGAGGGUAAAGAAAAUGCUGACGCCGCAUUGGUGAGGGAGCGGGAGGAACGCUUGCGGGCGCACGGACGCAGCAUGGAGCGCAUGAUAGCAGCGGACCAUAACAACUGGUAUCGGCGUGUAAGCCCAGUGCUGCGUAACGGUAUUAAAGUCUUGGGCAAUGAAGGUAAAUAUCAGCACGGCCAAACGGCAGGUAGUCCACAGGACGAGCACAAGCAACAAAACCAACCGCCUGAACAGCAGCAACAUGCCGCACCACAACAUCAGCAUCAACAUCAGCACCAGCACACGCAUCAUCAUCAACGCAAUCACUUUCUACAGCACCAUCAGCAUCAACAUCAACAGCAACAUCAUCGUCGUCAGCACGCGCACAUUCAUACGCAUGCAAAUAAACAACAGACACAGCACGGUAUACACUCGCAUCGGCGUGGUGGUGGUGGUGGUAAUCAUCACAAGCAUCGUCAACAUAGUAAACAUUAUCAAUCAACCGACCGGCGUCAGCACCAGCAAGAACAGCAAAAGCAACACACAACCGACUCACAUCAGCACAAAUUGACGGCAAGCGCACUCGAUCCGCCCUCGCCGCACGCCUCAGCCACACAAGCUGCCGUGGAGCUGGGUAUGGUGCAGACACCUAUACCGCCGCCGUCAUAUAUCAAGCAACAUCAGCAGGAAACUGUCGCGGGUGCGGUUGCAGGUACGAGGGGUAGCGGCGCAUUGCAAUUAGGCCAUCAGAUAACCGACUUGGAGGAGUUCGAACGCUAUUACGCCAAAUGGCCACACUUGGCGCGCGUACAGUUCCAGGUCUACGAUGAACAUUACCGCGAAGCCCACCCUGAGCUCUAUCCUGAAAUGAAAGUUGGCGUUGACGACGAGAACGCGGAUGCAGAUGAAGACUACGACGAUGACUACGAGAGCGCUGCAGAGCUGGAGGAGGCACAAAGUGGUCACGAUGAGGACGCCAACUUGCCGCCGUACAUUAAGAAGUACAACCGCCGCAAUAAGCAGCUGCUGAAUCUACUAGAGGGCACACUACCACCGCCGACGCGCCCUCCACCCGCCCUUAUGCGUAGCUGGUCCAGCUCAAUGCUGCAGCCGGGACCGCAUGCAAGCAGCCGCAGUGCGGGUGGCGGCAGUAUUGGUCGAGUACGCAUCGAUGACGAUUACUUGAAAGAGAAACGCAAACGCUAUCACAAUCGUGAUAUCAGCGGUGGCGGCGUAAGCAGCAGCAGCAGUGCAAAUGGCAAUAGCAAAGCUAACCGCAAAGACGACCUAAAUCAUUAUGAAGAUUUAUUUGCCCCGCAAAGAGAUGUGCCAGCAACCACCAGCGAGGCCACGCGCCAAGCGCCAGCUACGUCAGCUAAUAAAGAAGGAGUCUCGGCAGCGCAAAAGUUGCAAAACGACGCAGACGUACUACGCGGUGCGCUCGAAAAGGUAGCGCAAUCAACCAACCAGCUACCAGACGAUGAUGUUAGCAUUUCGAGAGACACAGAGACAGACACGGACAGCGACAUCGCCUCUUACGCCGCCGACGAUGGUGACGUUGACAUUUGGCCAAAGGAAAUCGAAAAUAAAUCGAAUGCAAACGAAUUGGCAGGAAGCGCGCAAAUGACAUGGCAAAUCGAAAAAUUAACAACACCCAAUCCAUUGCACGCGCACCACACCACUGUCGCGCCGAGCUCACCGAAGGCAGCCAUUUUUCGUUUGCCCUCAUAUCCUGCUAUAGCCGGCAGUUUUAUUGGAAAACCGCGUAGUCGUAGCGCGCAAUUCGCACCAAGCGGCGGAAGUCGUGGCAAACUUGCUUUUAUCGCGCCCGCGAGCUAUGACCUUCACGGCAAUCGUUGGAGCAAUAUUUAUGGCAGCGGGGGCGGUGGUGGUGGUGGUGGUGGUAAUGGCGUCGGCAGCAGCAAUGGUCUUGGCAUUGACGGUAAUCACCAUAAAUCUUUGUCUCGCUUCAGCGCUUAUAAACCGAACGUGCAUAAAACGCUAACAGCCGCUGCCGCAUUGAGCGCGACGAGAACCACAGCGCCGCCGCCAUUUAUAUGGCAUGCAGCGAGUGACGGCAUGGGGGGUGGUGGUGCCGGCUUGGCCGACACAACCACAGCAACAGCGGUUACGGCAACGCCGAGUAGCGGCAGCAGUGACGAAGGAGAUGGCAUAGCAAAUGGCGGAGUGGGUCGCACAAUUAGCUCCUUCGUCUAUCAUCGAGUGAUUGAUGCGUCACCGCGUCUGGUGGGCACCGGCGCCACGGGACGCAAGCAACGAUUGCCAUUUGUGGCUAUCACCGAUCGCCGGCUAGAGACUACGAGGAAGGCGCUGCUGGAGCGGCAAAAAGAUUUCGAACAGAAUCACUACCCAAUGCCUUAAAUUCACUGCACUGCAAGGACUGCGGCAGCGAACGUAACUUGGACAUAGACGGAGACGAAGACGAAAACGAAAACGAUACCGAAAACGGGAGGGAGACAGACGCAGCGACGAUGAAAAUAAAAACGAGCACAAGCACUUGGACGAAGACAGAAAUGUAAGCGUGAAUCAAAUUAUUGACACAGACGGCGAUUUAAAAGCGAAUGCAGAAGAAAUAGUAAAAAGAGAAAAAGAUAAUAUAACAAAUAGUAUUUAAGAAGUUUAAGUCAGAAAAGUGAAAAAAGCAUACAGACUUAAAGCAAAGCGGAAUAAAAUGCAGGCCAAUUUCAUUGCACUACCGCAAAAUGCACAAACAGAGCGCGAAAGUAGACACAAACAACAGCUGCUUGUGCAACUCAACACACCACACAGCAAAUGAAGCAAAGCAACU